CGUCGUAAGAACGUGCCAAACGUAAAUAAAUGCGAUCGCGCGCUCUUGCACUCGACGCCUCCGACAAAAAUAUAAAAUCAAACAACUGGACUGAAAUAAAUCAUGAACGUUUUCACAUAUAAACUGUAAGUGUAACCUGAUAUAAAUUCUAACAUAAAAGCAAAAAAUAAAGCAAAAGUUAUUUUAGUUUGCAAUAAAAACAAUAAUGGUUUAAACUUUUUAAGCUCUCUUGAGCUUUUGGUUAAAAAAAUCGAAUAUUCACACGGAAAACUUUUAAAAUGAUGAUGGCUAGUGCAAAAUUAGUGAGAGACUGUAGCUCAGAAUUAAGUUCUGACGUGCGGUCGCUUUCGGUAGCAUCUUCCACUGAAGAACAAGAUUGCACCACAACAGAGUCCGAGUACUCUGAAGAGGAGAAAGAAUAUGAACUAGAAGAUCUCCAAAUUCUCAAAACUAUAGGAACUGGCACAUUUGGGCGCGUGUGUCUCUGCCGGGAUAAGGCAGCCGAUGAAUACCUGGCGAUGAAAAUACUUUCUAUGGCCGACGUAAUCCGCUUAAAGCAAGUUGAUCACGUCAUGAACGAAAAAAGUAUACUAGCGGAAAUUAAUCAUCCAUUCAUCGUUAAUUUGCGAUGGUGGACCCACGAUGACUCGUGUAUCUACAUGCUGUUUGACUAUGUGUGCGGAGGGGAACUGUUCUCUUACUUGAGAAAUGCGGGCAGAUUCAGCAAUAGUAUUGGAAAUUUCUAUGCAGCAGAAAUAGUCUCGGCACUGGAAUACCUUCACGCUCGAAAUAUUGUGUAUCGAGACCUAAAGCCAGAAAAUCUGUUGCUUGCGAAAGAUGGCCAUUUGAAGAUCACGGACUUUGGAUUUGCGAAGAAAUUAACGGAUCGCACUUGGACACUCUGCGGCACCCCAGAAUAUUUGGCACCUGAAAUCAUUCAAAGUAAAGGGCAUAAUAAAGCAGUCGACUGGUGGGCAUUAGGUGUGCUCAUCUACGAAAUGCUAGUCGGCUAUCCACCGUUCUAUGAUGAUAAUCCUUUUGGAAUAUAUGAAAAAAUACUGAACGGGCGAGUAGAAUGGCCGAGACAUCUCGAUCCGGUUGCCAAGGACGUAAUAAAAAAGCUGCUCGUACAAGAUAGAACCAAGCGGCUUGGAAACAUGAAGUGCGGCUCAGAGGAUGUAAAGAGACACAGGUGGUUCAAACACAUCGACUGGGCUGACGUUUAUAUGAAAAAGUUGCAGCCACCUAUAGUGCCAUCCGUGUCCUAUGAAGGAGACACAUCAAAUUUCGACGAGUAUCCCGAAACCGAUUGGAAGGCUGUGCGGUCGCUGGAUCCUGAUGAGCUCAAAUUGUUCGCUAACUUUUGAUGUGGACUCCUGUGUAUUUAGUGCCCAAAUGUAAAUUAAAAGAAGUAAAGGAUAAUAAUUCCGUGGAAUGGUUGCUUAGACUUCUUAGAAAUUAAACUUAAAAAUAAACCAAAUGAGAGGUAAAUGGGAUGGGAACAAGAUAAAAUAAUUAUAUAACACAUUUUGGUUUUUGCGUCUUUAAAAUAUAAAUUUUAAUAUUAAUGUAGGAUCUGCUUUUAGUGCAUUCAGUUCUGUUUGUCAAUAAAAACCAUAAUAGGAAUAUAUUGUAAGUUUACUCGAAAAUUGUGAAUGUAAAUAAAUUUUAGUGUAAGACAAUGAUUAAAUAUAGAAAUUAAUAGGCUUUAUGAUUCCAAUGCUUCCUCUUAGUUGUAAACGGAAAAUUUCCGUAUUUACUGCGUUUGUGAUUUAAAUUUUUUAAUUAAUAAAUAAUAACUAAUUUAUUUUUUUAAAUUUGCGUAUAUUUAUGUGCAAGCUUUAUUUGUUUUUAAACCAGUUUAUGCUUGAAAACCCUAAAAACCCUUUCGUUGAUCGCGAGAUGAAAAUUAAAAAUAUAAAAUAUAUUUAUA